UGGAACUUACAGAUCCUUGGGCUCCUUUCCAAGGAUCUGGAACAUUCUAUGAUUUGAUGGUUCUAUGACAGUAACAUGGGAGCAGAGGCCAAUCCUCACUCACAACUACCCAGGGAGCUGUCACAUGCUUUGUAAAGAGCAUCCCCAGGAGCUCUGCCCAGAGAGAUAUGCCUCCAAACUGUGGCAGUACCGUGGCUGUGGCCACCUUGCGCAGCUGAGAGCGAAGGGCUGAAGGGUGAGGUCAGGCUGCCCACUGUGACAUCAGCAAGGAUGUCACAAUGCAGGGGAUGGUUUUAGGGCCGUCAGCAGGCAGUGCUGCUUCACUUUGGCCUGGGCCAUAGAUCAUGGCUUUGGUGUUGGUUCUCGCCUUGUUGGUGAGGGCGCUAAUUGUCAGUGGCAGUGACCAUGCGGUCAUGCUUGAGCGCGUGCAGCAGCACGAGAAAGAGCAGAGGAACGGGGAGCAGAGCUGGGUGGACAUGUCGGCUCUGCUCUUUACUCUGCUGCAUUACUGGAAGAUCUGGUUCUGUACGGGACUGUUUGUCUUCCUCUUUUGGAAUAUGUGGCGGUCCCUAAAAAGGAAGCAGCAUGAGGAAGGGGGACAGCAGGAACAGCAAGAACGGGAGGAACAGGUGGAAGAGGUGGAACGUGAGGAACAGCAGGAGCAAGUGGAAGAGGAGGAACAGCUGGAACGGGUGGAAGAGCUGGAACAGGAGGAUCAGGUGGAACAUGUGGAACAGGAGGAACAGGAGGAACGGGAGGAUCAGGGGGAACAGGUGCAGCAGGAGGAACAGGUGGAAGAGGUAGAACAGGAGGACGAGGAGGAAGAAUACUUCCAUCAUUCAGCACUGACCAGAUACAUUGCACGGCGUGCCUGGGAAAAGAUGCAAGGAAAGGCCACCAAGUGCGUGCUGGUGGAGGAGCUGAUGAGCGACCUGCUGCAGACCUACACAUUUGUCUGUUCAAACAGCUUCUACCCGGUGCUGCAGCCUGCCAUUGGGGUGGGCAGCGCCUUUGAAGGCUGGAGUCCCUGUGAGGAGGACAUUGUGUACCGCCUGCUCGUGCCCAUUAAGGCCCCCCAUGGGCACGUCUUCCACCCGGAGCUGGGUGAGGAAGGGGAGGUGCUGGCAAGGAACUCCCGCAUCCGUGUGGAGCUGGUGUGCAUGUGCACAAGGGAGCAGCAGCUGGGGGACGUGCUGUGCUUCCUCCACCACUCUGAGGAGGAGCUGAGCCAAAAUCAGCAGCCCAGCCUCCUACAGACGCUCUGCACCGGCUCCUACCUGGAUGUGCAGAAAACUGCCGCCUGGUUCAACAAGCAGGUACCAAGAACCUGGAGGCUCACCACCGGGCACACCCAAGGCAACCUGGACAUCUUCCUGAGCAGCCAGAACGCAGAGGCCGUCUUUACGCCCAGCACAACAUGGCCGCAGAGCUGCGCUGUGGCGGAAAGGAAGUACUUCGAGUACGUGGCCAGGACCGCUGGACCCAACAGCUGCCACCUGGUCUGCCUGAGGCUCUUUGCUCACAUCCUGGACUGGCGCAGGAGGCAUUUCCUGAGCCGGCUGGAGAAUCUCCUGCAGUACCUGCAAUACUGCCUGAACGAUAAAGUCCUGAACCACUUCCUCCUUGGCAACGCGACCAUGCCUGACGAGGUUGUCCUGCCGCAGGCCUUCCAAACAGCCAGCCCGCUCAACCUCUUCCAGCACCUGGAGCAGGACCCGGACGCCCACUCCCGGGUGCUGCGUGACUUCAAGGAGCUGAAAGAUCGCCUCUUCAGACUGCUGCUGUUUGGACGCUGA